CGUAAUUUCUUCCCAUUGUGCACUUCCAUUCAGUUCUCCUACCUCGACUUUAUACAACUCUACUGACCGUCAUUUAUUAUUUCUCUCAAGCUUGUUCUCUACUUUUUUCAACUCUUUCUUUACACUUGACUGUUGUCUGUCUUAUAGUCUACUUGCUGAUUGUAACUUGUUUUUGAAUAAUCCCUAAUCAAUCUUCAAUACCGCUUCAACCGAUAUUCCGAAGCAGCCGUUCGUUGCCGGACCCGUUUGACGGCGGAUGAUUUUCAAUAGUGACUAGUGACUGACGAUCUCAAAUUUUACCCCAACAUAAAUAAUGGAAGGAAGAGUCCUCAGCAUUCAAUCCCAUGUUGCUUUUGGCUACGUUGGUGGUAAAGCUGCUGCCUUCCCUCUGCAAUGUCUUGGCUAUGAUGUCGAUCUCGUGAAUACCGUCAAUUUCUCCAACCAUGCAGGAUACGGCCGUUCUGGUGGGAGCAAGACGUCUGCAGCGGAACUCGAAUCGAUAUUCGAAGCUAUGGAGUUCAAUGAACUACUAUGUCCAACUCGAGUUCUGACUGGCUAUAUCCCUAAUGCUGAAGCUUUAGCUGCUGUUGCCAGACUGGUUGAGAAACUACGAAAACAAAAUCCAGAAUUGAUCUAUCUGUUAGACCCUGUUAUGGGUGAUGCAGGCCGAUUGUAUGUUUCAGCAGACGUGAUACCAGUGUAUCGUAGCUUGCUACCCCUUUCAACAAUUAUAACUCCCAAUUGGUUCGAAGUAGAAACGCUGACUGGAAUCUCUUUGACCGACCUACACUCUCUCAGACUUGCUCUAACCAAACUUCACAAGGAUUUUGGCGUUCCCAAUGUGGCAAUCAGUUCUAUUCCUCUUGCACCAUGGCUUUCCGAGACUCUUCCUAAUGCUAUUCGGCCUCCCGCCGUUUCAGAAUCGGAACACCUCUUAUGUAUAACAUCCUCCGUAUCAAACGAGAAUUCACCUUCCGAAGUACAUGUACAAUGUGUUCCUUUACUCCCUGGAUACUUUUCCGGCGUUGGGGACCUCUUCUCUUCUCUUGUCCUGGCGCACUACAAACCAUCGCUUGAGGCAUCAUUACCGGAGGUCCUUCCUCCAUUUCGGACAUCUUUGUCCGAAGCUGUAUCUCAAGCGUUGACAAAAACUCAUGCGGUGCUUUGUAAGACAUUUGAGUACUCCGAACGGCUGCCCGAGGAGGAACGGCUCGUUACUGAUGAUGAGAAGGAUGCAGUUGAGCCUAUUCGCAAAGUUCGAAGGAUGAGAGGGAGGGAGCUGAGGCUGGUACAAAGCAUUGACAUUAUCCGAAGUGACUUUGGUGAUGCGACGAGGCGUUUAGAACGUUGGUCCGGAUUCUGGGAGAAAUUAUAGAGAAAUUAUAGAGACUAUGUAGGUAAUAGAGAUUUUUUAUUUUCGUGAUUCGUUUUGCGUGUUGUUCCAAAUAUUUUGUAUGUUACUUUAAGCCGUCCGUAUAUUACAGUGGUUACUGGAAAACAGCACAGCUGCUAAACAAAUGUAUCAUCUAAUUUUCUCCUCGGCCAAGCUUAU